AUGGAAACCAUCAGCAGCUACCACAUCGAGCAUCUCGAGAACCAGCACGUCUCCCUCGCUGACCUCCAACACGAGACUUCCACCAAGCAGUUGUUCAACACAAACAUCACGUACGAUAUGGUCUUGGCUGCCACUAUCGACAAUGCCGACACUGAAGUGAGCAUGCAGUAUCGCACGGAUUUCAUGAGCCUGGUUAAUGCACAAGAAAUCCAAGAUGCUCUGCAAAGUGCCAUUGGAUUCCUCGGCUCGACGCAGGACAGUGGCGCCGCAGCCCUCUCUGGCUCGUUAUAUGAUGCAUACUUCAAUCGUGCAUUCGAAAUGGAAGAAAGCACCAUUCUCGAGCGAUGGAAUGCGCACUUCAACGGUAUCGAAGCCGGUGUUCACUUCCCUCCUGCCCUCAAUGCUCCGCAAAAAGCCAAGGUCACUUCCUCGGCGUUACGCCCCUGCUAUAUCCGCUGGGACGGAGAUCUUACCUACCGCCAGCUGGAUGAGCUAUCAAAUCGUCUGGCCUACCGGUUGCUCGAGCUUGGCAUCGGACCGGAUGUCAUUGUGCCGCCCUACUUCGAAAAGUCCAUGUGGAUGCCCGUCUCCGUCGUAGCGGUGAUGAAGGCUGGCGGCGCCGGUGUGAUGAUCGACAGCACGCAGCCGAUCGAGCGAGUGCGCAGCAUGAUCAGCCAAGUGAACGCGGAGGUCAUUCUCGUCUCAAAAGAUAACGCACCCCACGCCGCCCAAUUUGAAGGCGUCAAACACCUUGUCGUGGAUCAGGCAUCGGUGGACGCCUUACCGGACGUGGAGGCAGCCAUUUCUCUACAAAACGCCGUGCAGCCUUCGAACCUAGUCUACGUGUUCUUCUCUUCCGGCAGCACCGGAAAACCUAAGGGUGCUAUGGUCACGCAUUCGUGCUUCGCAUCUGCUGUCCGGCACCAGCAAUUAGCUCAUGGCUUCCGACCCGGCCAGCGAGUCUUCGACUUCGCCUCCUACGCGUUCGACGUCAGCUGGUCCAACCUGCUACACUCGCUUACCUCGGGCAGCUGCCUGUGUAUUCCCUCGGAGUAUCAGAGACGCAAUACGCUCCAGGAGACUCUUCGGGAGAGUAAGGCCACGUUGCUCGAUGCGACUCCGUCCGUCCCCCGCCAUCUCGACCCUGAGACGCUCCCUGGCCUGGAGCAGGUCAUUAUGAGCGGAGAGCCCUGCGGAGGCUUGAUUUUUGUCGGCCGCAGGGACUCCCAGGUCAAGAUUCGUGGGCAGCGCACGGAGCUUGGGGAGGUCGAGUACCACAUUCAGAAGGCACUCCUUGAGGGUGAUCUUCGUGCUCAGGUCGUGGCGGAGGUGUUCAAGCCCCGGAAAAGCGACAUUGCUAUUCUGAUUGCAUUCUUGAAGGCCGACGGAGACGAAUCGUGGAACAAGAUUGCUGGCAUCAAUGAGCGGCUCGCAAACAUGAUCCCCAAGUAUAUGAUCCCCAUGGCCUACAUCCCGGUUGGCGAAUUUCCAAUGACUGCUACUGGGAAGAUACACCGCAAGUCUCUUCGUGAGAACUACGUGGAGAAGACGUUGGGGAAGCUGAUUGCUCUUGAUGUGCUGCAUAUGUCUUGCCAUCGCGCUCCGACCAGUGCUUCUGAAAGGCUCCUGCAGGAGCUGUGGGCCGACAUUCUGGGUAUUGCUCCAGAAGCUAUCUCCGCUGAGAAUAGCUUUCUCCGGGUUGGGGGUGAUUCACUAGGAGCAAUGCGACUUGUUGGCGCGUUGCGCACACGAGGCUUCGGUCUGACCUUCGCUGAUAUUUUCCAGCAGCCUAAGCUCAGUGCGCUUGCGAGACUCAUGGAACUGCAGCAGCCUUCCCUGGAGACUACCGCCUCCUUGCUGGAGCCGUUCGCGCUGGUCGAGGGGAAGCUUCCCCGAGAUGCAGCUAUAGAACAGGCUGCACGCCUCUGUAGCUUGGAGCCCGCGACUAUCGAGGACAUCUUCCCUUGUACGCCGUUGCAGGCUGGGCUUCUAGCCGAGACUGUUCGACGCCCCGGGAGCAAUGUUCUUACCGAGACACGGGUGCUCAAGAAGGAUAUUGAUCCGUCCCGUCUUCGGUCCGCAUGGCAGCGGGUAAUCCAGGCUCACCCUAUUCUACGGAGCAGAAUCGUCGAUAUGGGUAAGCAAGGCCUUGUCCAGGUUGUUGUCCGCUCUGGGUAUGGGUCUCAGGGACUCGCGGAUGCUACAUCGGAGGCAGCAUUUGGCCUUGGAACGCCGCUCCUCUUGUAUGAGAUCUCCGAGACUUGCUUCUCAUGGAAGAUCCACCACGCUCUCUAUAACGGAUGGUCUAUGUCACUUAUAUUCGACGCCCUGCCCGAGAGCUACGAGGCCGGAGCCGUCACUGAUGUCACCCCCUUCCAGGCUUUCAUCAAAUACAUUGACGAUCGCGGCCGGGUGGAGGCGGAAAACUUCUGGAGGGCGCAAUUUGCUGCCUUCAGUGCACAGAACUUCCCCGUCCUUCCAUCAAAGACCUACAAGCCCAGAUGCGAUGAGCACGUGGAGCUUGAAUUCAAGGACAUUUCCCCCGACGGAGAUUACACGACCUCAACCCGGAUUCGGGCCGCAUGGGCUAUACUCCUGUCGACGAUCACAAACUCUUCAGAUGCGUCAUUUGGCGCAACCGUGUCUGGGAGACAGGCAGAUGUGCAUGGCAUAGAGAAUAUGACCGGACCUACCAUGGCCACGGUACCAUUGAGAGUGGCGGUUGACCGCACCAGGACAGUCGAUGACUUGCUCCAGCAAGUGCAGUUGCAAGCAGCCGAGAUGAUGCCGUUCGAACAAGUGGGGAUCCAACAGUUUCGGCGUCUCAGCGAGAACUGCGAUCUCGGCUGCCAAUUCGCGUCUCAUAUGGUCAUUCAGCAUGGAGGCCAGCAGGCUGUGGAGGAUCAACUGUCCGAAACCGCCGCUGUGACCACGGAGAAUGACCUAGAUCCUUUCAAACUCUACGCUAUCUGUCUCGAAUCCGUGCUUGGACCGAACAACAGCAUUCGUCUGCAGGCCAGUUUUGACUCUGCUGUCAUGCCCCCAACUCACUUCUCCAGGCUCAUGACUCGAUUCGAGAACGUCAUGCGACAGCUUUCCUCCCCUGAGGUCUUGAGGAGGCCGCUUGCGCUCCUCGAUACAAGCAGCUCGACGGAUCGGGAGCAGAUUUGGAGUUGGAAUGAUGUUGUUCUAGAGGAGUCGCGCGAAUCAAUUCAUGAGCUCUUCGGGGGAGUAGCUGCCAAACAGCCCGAGGCGCCGGCAGUGUGCUCUUGGGACGGUGACUUUACCGGCCAGCGCAUCGUGCCGUUGUUCUUCGAGAAAUCGAGAUGGACAUCCGUCUGUCAAAUCGCGGUCAUGAAAGCAAAUGGCACCUCCCUUGCGCUUGACGUGACCUUUCCCGAUGGUCGUUUGACGACGGUGCUGGACUUGGCUCAGCCCCAGAUUGUGCUCGUCUCUGCUGCCCAGGAACCCCGAGCCCGACAAUUGGCUCCUUCGGCCGCGCAAAUCAUUGUUGUGAGCGACGCUGACGUGUCUCGUUUGCAGCUCCCUCAGAACGAGAGUCUCCCGGUGGUCAGCCCGGACGCUUCGCUCUAUGUAGUCUUCACGUCUGGUUCGACAGGCGACCCCAAAGGCGCUGUCAUCAGUCACUCCAACUUCGCCAGCGCGCUCCAGCACGGACAGACUGCGCUCCAGUUUGGCCCUCACACGCGCGCAUAUGACUUUGUGUCCUACGCGUUCGAUGUCUCGUGGCUCAAUGUGCUGUACACUCUUUGCGCUGGCGGCUGCCUGUGCGUGCCCUCUCAGGACGAGAUCAGGAAUGAACCCAAGGAGGCGAUUGCUCGUCGGCGUGCAAACACCGCUUUCAUCACCCCGACGGUUGGCAAGCUUCUCCAUGGCGCCGAACUCAAGGUCAUCAAUCACGGUGGCGAGAACUUGCCCCGCGACGAGAUCGACUAUUGGAAGGAUCGCGCCCAGAUCAUCCACUCGUAUGGUCCGUCGGAAUGCACCCCAAUCUCGAGCUCGCACUUGCUCGAUCCGAACCGCAGCCGGGUGAUUAUCGGCAAGGGUCUCGGUCUGGAAGGGCCCCUUGUUGGCCAGGGAUACAUGAAUAAUCCGGAGAAGACAGAGGCAGCAUUCAUCCGCAAUCCGGAAUGGCUGAUGCAGGGUGCCCCCGGCUUUCCCGGCCGCCCUGGGCGUCUGUAUCGCACGGGUGAUCUGGUCCGGUAUGAAGAAGAUGGCAAUCUGGAGUUUAUUGGACGGAAAGAUGCACAGAUCAAGAUCCGCGGACAGCGGGUGGAGCUGGAGGAAAUUGAACAUCACGUCCUCGCUGCGAUUGGGGAGGAUGUCGCGACUCAGGCCAUCGUGGAUAUUGUCACCCCCGCCGGCGCAUCUGAAGCUGUGUUGGUCGCCUUUAUUGAACUCGCGAAUAGGGAUAUAGUCUCUGGUACACCAGAAGCACAAGCCUGCGCACGCGAGCUUGCAGCCUCCUGUAAGCACCAGUUGUCCGCUGCAAUGCCAAGCUACAUGAUCCCGAACGCCUAUCUCAUCGUGGAUAGCAUUCCUGCUACGACCUCGGGCAAGGUUGACCGUGGCAAGCUCCGCCAGGCGGCCAGGUCCAUCUCGAAAGAAGAGCUUCUUCAGUCUCACCAGGUGAACAGGCGCGCUCCUGUCACUCCGGAAGAAUUGAAGCUCCACAGUCUAAUCGCGCAAGUGCUCUCCUGGGACGAGAAAAGCUUCGGCAUGGACGAUAACUUCAUCCAACUCGGCGGAGACUCAAUUAGCGCCAUGCGACUGGCUGCGCUGGCCCGCGAACAAGGCCUUGCCUUGACGGUCAAGGAUAUCCUCAUGCACGACCGGAUUGCUGACCUGCUCGCAUCGGACCACGGGCUCGCGUCUGAGCCUGAGCCUGCUGCCCAAUAUGCACGCUUCUCUCUACUUCCCGUCGCGGAUCCUAGCGCGUUCGUUGAGAAAGAGGUGCUGCCACGGAUCGCACAGCGUGGUCAAGGUCGUCUCGUUGAUGUGCUGCCGGCCACAGACAUGCAAGCGGCCUAUCUCCAGGACAACAUCUGCGCGCCGCGACGGUCCUGGUUUUAUAGUUACAUUGACUUUUCUGCAGUGGAUGUGCAACGCCUCGCCUGGAGCUGCGAGCAACUAUUCAAGAUCAUCCGCGGCCGCGAUGCACAAGCAAGACUCGUGUUCGGCAUGUCGCAUGCCAUCUACGACGCGAUCAGCUUCGGCAAGACCCUCGACAUCCUGUCCGGCAUCUACAACGACGCUCCCAGCCAGAACCCCGCAAGCUUCAGCCAGUACCUCGGCCACAUCCAGCACUCCAAGGCCGACAGCUACCGCUACUGGCAGCCAACUCUGCAGGGCUCCUCCAUCACUCGGUUACCGAGUACGUCGGCCAGCGCGCAUCAAGAUGGGCCACCUACCGUGCACGUCCGCACGAUCCCAAUGCCCACCGCCCCCUUCGGCAUCACCCACGCCACCCUCUUCACCCUAGCCUGCGCCUCCGCCCUGAGCCAGAUGACCGACUCGCAAGACAUAGUCCUAGGCCGCGUGGUCUCCGGCCGCGCCGGCGUCCCCGACUCCCUCCGCGACGCCGUCCGCAUCCAAUUCAUCCCCGACCAACUCCAGACAGACUACCUAGCAACCCUGCAGCGCCAGCAAGCCGAAAGCCUCGCGCACGAGACAGUAGGUCUCCCCGACAUCGUAGCGCAUUGCACGGACUGGGACCCCGAUACAAAGGACUUCGGUUGCUGGAUCCAGUACCAGAAUGUAGACGAGCAGCCCGCCCUCAACAUCCCUGGCGCCCUCAGCGCCCUCGGCAGCAAGGAGAUGUGGCACAUCCCCGUCGCGGCGGACUUCCUUGUGGUCUUCGCCAUCCCCGCUGCCGACGGCGCCUUGACUGUUCGUGUCAUCGCGGGCCCCGGUUUCGAACCUCGUGUUAAUAUCGCGUUGCUGGAGAUGGCUGCGCUGAGUUGGGGGGUUCGUGUUGAUAUAGUUGGAUGA